ACGGUUGGAAAACGCGGAAUUGGAUGUUCCAAUCUCGAUGGAUCUGAACCAGAACUGUUGUCAGAUACUCGAGGGAUCAAAGAUAUAACGGUUUCCAUCGCUACUGGAGAACUCUGUUACGUAAACGAAGACACAUCAAAGAUCGACUGUAUGGAUAGUCGUAGUAAGCAGAUCCGCACGAUUGUCAGCGAUGUUACCGACACUUAUUAUUUAGCCGCAACCAAUGAGAUAAUUUUUUGGUCGAACUACGGCAGUGACACGAUCGAAAGUAUUAACCAGGAUGGGGUGCGUCGAAAAGCUUUAUCAAAACCGAAUAAUGCAACGGAAUAUGAAAGCUCCCAGUUAAUCCCCGUGGCCGAUGUCUGUCCGUUGUUCUACAGUCCGUGUGCCGUGGAAAAUGGUGGAUGUCCAGAAAACUCAAUCUGCCUUCCCAAUCCGCGUGCCCAAUCUGGCAAAAUCUGUAAAAGCACCAUUUCCUAAUUCUCUGACCAAACGGAUCCAUCG